AAGAAAGAACGUGAAGGAAAGCACCAGUAAAAUUAUCUACUGUAAACCACGUGAGAGGGGGAAUUUUCCCGUUGGUCUUGCACGGUGUACACUGCGGAAGCCUCGCGUGGUUAUCUCUGUGCAUCAGUGCUUUACACAUUUUUACUAACAGUCCGUCACACGGCACUGAUUCAGAGGGGACUGUCAACAUCACGGUGCAGAUGACUCAAAACAUGGGAGGCGCGAGAGGAUACGUGAAGUUAGACAAAGACUGGAACCAUGCCGACUGGAUGUCUCAGCUACCCGAGAAUCUCUGGGAUCUACCUCUCUGUAACCUUGCAAUACCGGGAAGUCAUGACACCAUGACAUACUGCUUGGACCUAUGCUCCCCACUGCUGGUGUCAAGCCCCUUGGUGCUGAAAGUGCUAGACUGCAUCAUGCCAUGUGUCGUACGCCCAUGUGUGUACAAGUGGGGAACUACACAGAUGAUGGACAUCUCCAAGCAACUGGACAGUGGAAUACGGUAUUUUGAUCUCAGGAUUGCCCACAAGAAGCAUGACUCCUCUGACAUCCUGUAUUUUGCCCACGGGAUCUAUACCCACCUGACUGUGGAGAAGACCCUCAGUGACAUGGCCCAGUGGCUGCAGUCUCAUCCAAAGGAGGUGGUCAUCCUUGCGUGCUCCAUGUUUGAUGAGCUGAAAAGUGAUCAGCACAGGAAGUUCAUUCUCUUUCUGAAGAAUCUAUUUGGAAGCAGACUCUGCCCAUACAUGAGUGAAGGACCAGCCUCCCUGAGAACAUUCUGGAAACAGGGCCAUCAGGUCAUCGUCUCCUAUGACAACCCAGCUGCUUCAGGUCACAAGGAGCUGUGGCCUAAAAUUCCCUAUUGGUGGGCUGACCAAGUAGAUGCAAGAAAAGUCAUCUCAUACCUGGAGGAAAAGAAGCUAAGUGGAAGGCCAGAAGGAUUUUUCGUGGCAGGUAUAAACCUUACCGAAGACGCCAAGUUUGUCCUCACCCAUCCUUGUCAGUCAAUUAGGACUUUAACACUUAGCAAUUACAAUCUGUUUUUGGACUGGGUUGAAAAGCAGCUUCCUGGCCCAGGGAACACAUGUCUGAACAUUAUCUGUGGGGAUUUUGUUGGAGUCAACGAUUUUGUCUCUGUUAUCCUUGAUCUCAAUCGGAAGCUUUGUGAGAGGUGGCCCUGAUGAGACAUGACAAAAUAGUGGAUAUAAACUAAAGGUAAUACAGACAAUUCUGCUGUUGCACAACAAUAUUCUUAGUUGAAAAAUGUGUGUCUGCUGAAACUAGGAAAACUGAAAAUUGCAGCGCAAUCUCCAAUAAUGAGUUUGUUACAAGAAAGAGCAGCAGACUACUUGUUUGAGUUCCAGAACUUGACACACAUCAAAUGCGCAAGCAACACAAACAAGGCCCUUCCUUUUAUUUCCUUUUAUUAAAGGAAGCCUAUGAAGCCUUUGCAUUCUAGUCACUGACACUACUGUGUUUUUGUCUUUAGCAGAUCAGAACAGAAAGAGAUACUGCAGCAAACUGUCCUAAUAGGAAUGGUUACAUGAUUAAUCUAGCAUGCAAACAUUAAGUAAAACCAAAGAGGAUCAUAUCAAAUGGACAAAGAUAAUCUGAUUGGGUUAAGAAUUUCAGUUGUGAUAAACAAGAUCCAUUCUAAUUACCUUACAAUGUAAAGAUCUGUAACUGA